AUGACACCCAGAGCUACACUCCUCCGCUCCGCGCGGCCGUCCAUCUUCCUCCAAAGCCGCAAUGCCGCUACCCUCGCUGCCUCCGUAUGCUCAUUACUAUCCGCUAUGCAAUUGCAACCUCACAGCCCCCAAACCAUCCGCCGGAGCCUCACCACUACCACCACACAACCACCACAAUUGACAACUCAAUCAUCAUCAUCAUCACCACCACCACCACCACCACCAUCAUCAUCAUCAUCAUUGACAGAACCCCAGCGCGUCCACACCCGCCCUCCCCACUCUAUAAAGUUCGGCACAGUUGUCGCGGCCGGACGCAUGGACAAGACCGUCCGUGUCCUGCACAAGCAUCCAACCUACCACAAAAAGCUUCACAAAAACUUCCCGGACAGUACGAUAUACCUAGUGCACGACCCGUGCAACUCACUGCGUGAGGGAGAUGUAAUUGAGUUCUCGAGCGGGUGGCGGACGAGCAAGAAUGUGCGGCAUGUUGUGGAGAGGAUUGUGACGCCGUUUGCGAUUCCUGUGGACCAGAGGCCCAGGGUGCUUAGUUAUGAGGAGAGGGAGAUGAUUAAGGCUGAGAAGGAGAAGAAGCAGGGAAAGAAGAGGAGGGUUGGAAGGAUUAAGAGGUUGGUUGAGAUGAGAUUGGAGAUUGAGAGGAAGAGGGCGGAGAAAGGGGCAGAGUGA